CUAAGAUGGCUAUAGGUUAUACCGUAUGAGUACACGGGUAGGGUCUUCUCGCUCUUCCAUUCUACAAAUAUCUUCACGAUAUGAAUAGUGUGUGAGCCUCCCCUGACACAAAUGCUAGAUCUGCCCUAGUGAAUGCACCGACCGCACAGUUUUGUGGGAUACACUUCACACUUCCCCGGAAGGUACAAGAAUCUCACACACUUUUUUCAGUUAUUCUUUAUUCAACUACCUUAUUUCAAAAAUUAACCUCCUGGAUAUGAAUUUGCGCCCCCCCCCCCACACACAUUCCUAAAUGCCUGGCUCAUCACCCGUCACGCCCUCUGAAGGGUAGUCUAGGUAGGGGGAAGGCUUGACUAAUCAUAAGAACAGUUGCAGAUCGGGUGACUCGUCAACCGCGCCCUAUUUAGUUGCAGGUGGAUUGCAUAUUCUUCGUAUUUUUAACGUGUACAUUGCCCAUUUAGUGACAUUUAAGUGUUCAGUGUUAGUGAGGUUAUAUUUAUAAUCUUUAUAAACGAAAAUUUUGGAAUCUGCAUUCCAAAAAUAUAUUUUAGUUUCCUAACUAAAAUUACUAUAUAAUUGAACGCUGCAAUAACUUUAAACCAUGCCCGGAUGGUACUUUGAUAAGAAAGAAUUGCGGAUUACACCUUCAGCUCAAGAUGGAAUCGACUACAAGACCGAAAUGCGUUAUCGUAAAGAAGGAGCCAGGCUGAUAAUUAACACUGGUUCCAAGAUGGACCUAGGAUACAAUACAAUGGCUACAGGAGUAGUGUAUUAUCACAGAUUUUACAUGUUCCACUCUUUCAAGCAGUUUCCAAGGUACGUUACAGCGUGUUGCUGUUUAUUCUUAGCUGGGAAAGUAGAAGAAACACCCAAAAAGUGCAAAGAUAUAAUCAAGACUGCUAGGAGCUUACUAACUGAUCAGAAGUUUGCAACAUUUGGUGAAGAUCCGAAAGAAGAGGUAAUGACCUUAGAGAGGAUUCUAUUGCAAACUAUUAAAUUUGACUUGCAAGUAGAGCAUCCUUAUCAGUACCUGCUUAAGUAUGCCAAAUGUCUCAAGGGAGAUAAGACAAAACUACAGAAAAUGGUCCAGAUGGCAUGGACUUUUGUGAAUGACAGUCUUUGCACCACACUUGCAUUGCAAUGGGAGCCAGAAAUCAUAGCAGUAGCACUUAUGUACUUAGCUGGUAAACUGAGUAAAUUUGAAGUCGUUGACUGGAUUGGCAGAACACCUAAGCAUCUCAGAUGGUGGGAUAUGUUUGUAGAGGAUGUUACCAUGGACCUGUUAGAAGAUAUCUGCCAUCAGGUAUUAGAUCUGUAUUCCCAAACAGAUAGUAGUUCACCAGAUAGCCCACCAUCACAGACACCAAAAACUGGACCAACACGACCAGCAACAACACCUGUGAAGAGCUCAAAUGGACAGGAAAGAUCUCCUGAUCAGCCACCACCUGUUAGCAUCAAGGUGCCGCCUUCCACAGACAUCCCGCAGUUCCCAUACCAGACAUUCACUAGCGGCCCGCCCCCGAUGGGCGCAUACACUGCUGCCGUGUCCGCGCCACCGCCAUUCUCCACUACCGGACCUCCUCCAGUAGUGUCGGCACCUCCCCCCCACCUUACAGCCCCACCUCCAAACCUCAAUGGACCGCCUCCAACCGCUUCCGUCCCACCUGCCGUAUUCCCAUACGUCAGCCAUCCUCCACCACUGUUCAGUGCUGCGGCAGCCGUUGCGACUGGUGCGCCUAUCGUGCAGCCUGGACCACCCCCGCCGUUUUACCCGCCCACGCAGCAGCCGCCUCCAAGGCCUUAUUAUGGAGGCCCGCCCUCGACGUCGUAGUUAUAAUUUUUUGCUUAUCGUUGCAGGGCUGUUGUUAUAAUUAGGAAAGGCAAGAACUGUUUGAAAGAGCAUUUCCCCAAAUAUGAUUAAAAUUAGUUCGAAGAUAAGAGGAUUUGGUUACAAUUUUGGUUAACAUAUGAACCAUAUGUUCAGUAGCAUUCAGCAGCGGAAGCAAUUUGCUGUCUAGAGACAGUUGAGGGUAUGGAACCAUGAUUCAAGUCUGUCUCGAUUAAUGAACUUUGAUAUAGAUUACAUUUGAACCAGAUAUCCAAUCCACAUUAAGUCUUACAAAAGCAGUGUUUGGGGAAAUCACUUUUUAUAUGAAAUCAUCCAUUUGUUCUAAAAUGGACCUUUUGUUAAAAGAAAAAGUACAUGAUACUGUUUUUCUAAAAAAAUAGUGUAAUUAUUUUAGCUUAUUGAAUCAUGACAGAUGUUAAUCUUCUUGCAAGGUACAGCAAUUUUGUAAUUGUUAAUUCUUGUUUUGACAGCUGUAUGAUACUGUAAAUGAACAGGCACGGAUCCAGGAUAUACAGAGAAAUCAUAUAUCACUGACGUCGUAACGUGUACAAGAGACACGUUGUCUAGCAAUCUGAGUGACGAGCCCACUCAGCUGCGGCUUGCCUCGUUGCCAUCGCCGCACUCUUUCUAACAUACGUACACCGUAUUUCACGAGUAUCCAUCACGGUAGAACGACAGCCGAUUAUCUAGUAAUAUAUCAAAAUUCCCCAUAUCGGCACAGGACGCAUAAUUCUGACGGAUCCGUCAACGUCAGGAAGUCAGAGCCGUAUUUUGUCUUGGUUUUACUAGAUUUACACCCGAUUCAUUAUUGCCAACUAACACAAAAAUGUCACUUGCUGAUGAGUUGUUCACCUCAAUAGACGUCAAAGUGAAAUAGGGUAUAUUGCAUGCUUGCGCUUCUCUCAUGCACAUUAUCUCGUCAGAAAAUUUUUGAUUUCUAUGUAUAUGGGAAACAUUUUCUCUGGCAAUCGUUUUUUAAAAUUGAGGUGAUUUUCUUCCCCGUAAAUGUUUUCUAUGGGAUCUAUUAUAUUAUCUAGAGGGUAAUAUCCAUUGCCUGGAUCCAAGCUUGGUAGAAACCAAGUGUAUUUUUGCAUUUUUGGUGCAGUCGUAAAUGUCUAUGUUGUGAUAAUUUUUUAUUUUUAUAUCAUUGUAUUCUCAAACAAUGAUGUCAACAACCACCUUAGAAUGAUGCUUGAGUUUUUUUACAUUUAGGCAUUUUGUAAUGGUUUCCUAAAAAUCAGAAAUAUAUAUUAUUUCGAGACAAA